CGUCUUCUGGAGGCCUCGCGAUCACACAUCCUGCAACGCUUCUCGUCCGCAACAAACUCCCUCGUUUCUCUCCGCGCUUCUCGUUCCCCGCUUCCCUCCCUCCCUCUCUCUCUCUCUCUCUCUAGAAAGCUCCUAGGGUUUCGCCGCCGCCGCCGCCGCCGCCGCCGCCGUCGAAUUCCAGAGGGAUCUCCGGUCGAAUCAGUCCUUCUCCCUUGGCCUCUCUACCGCGUCCCGUACGCGAGCCUCAAUACAGAUCUGAAAACUGAAUGAACUAAUGGAGUCAAAAGGUGGGAAAAAGAAGUCUAGCAGUAGUAAAUCCUUAUUCUACGAAGCUCCCCUCGGUUACAGCAUCGAAGACCUUCGUCCUCACGGUGGCAUCAAGAAGUUCAGAUCGGCUGCUUACUCCAACUGCGCGAGAAAGCCAUCCUGAGAUUCCCCAAGCAGUGGCGUGAUCCUUUAGAUUCUGCAAUUUUGUUUCAAGUCAUAAUAGCUGUAGUUCUGCUGUCUCUGUUUCUUUUCAACUUCGAUCAUCCUCUCGUUCUCUCUUGCAACUCGUUCUCAACUGCUCGCUCACUUUCUGAAAGUCGAGAUGGCAUUGUCAGUUUCCGCCAUCGGGUUUGAGGGUUACGAAAAGAGGCUCGAGCUCACAUUCUAUGAGCCUGGAAUUUUUGCUGAUCCUGAAGGGAUGGGUCUCCGCUCAUUGUCCAAAUCCCAGUUGGAUGAGUUUCUGAAAUUAGCUGAGUGCACCAUCGUUUCUUCGCUGUCAAAUGAUUUCGUUGACUCUUACGUCCUUUCAGAGUCUAGCCUCUUUGUGUACCCUUACAAACUCAUCAUCAAGACUUGCGGGACUACAAAGUUACUUUCCAUUCCAGCCAUCCUCAGAUUGGCUGAUUCCCUGUCCCUUUCUGUCAAGUCUGUGAGGUACACUCGUGGGAGCUUUAUAUUCCCCGGUGCCCAGCAUUUCCCGCAUCGGAACUUCUCAGAGGAAGUAGCUGUCCUCGAUACCUACUUUGGUAAUCUUGGCGCUGGCAGCAAUGCGUAUCUGAUGGGCAGUACGGAAAAGGCUCAGAAAUGGCAUGUUUAUUCUGCUUCUGCUGAGAAGACGAGCCUCUCAGAUUCGGUUUUCACUCUCGAGAUGUGCAUGACUGGUCUUGGCAAGCAAAGGGCAUCUGUCUUCUUCAAAGAGAACUCGCCCUCAGCUGCAGCUAUGACAGAGGAGUCUGGCAUUCGGAAGAUUCUUCCAAAGUCUGAUAUCUGCGAUUUUGAUUUUGAUCCCUGUGGCUACUCCAUGAAUGCUAUUGAAGGGAGUGGAAUCUCAACAAUCCAUGUCACUCCAGAAGAUGGUUUCAGUUAUGCCAGUUUCGAGGCUGUUGGCUAUGAUUUUAAGGCUGCGGAUCUGUCCCAGCUAAUCCAGAGGGUGUUGGUCUGCUUCGAGCCAACCGAGUUCUCUGUGGCUCUCCAUUCCGAUUUAGCUGGCGAGGAUCUGGUGUCGAGGUUCCCUCUCGACCUGAAGGGGUACAGUGCUGGAGAAACGAGUUGCGAGGCGCUUGGAAAAGGUGGUUCUAUCAUGUAUAUGAGCUUCGCUGGAACAGGAAGCUGUGGAUCCCCAAGGUCCAUCCUGAAGUGCUGUUGGAGCGAGGACGAGAAAGAUGAGGAAGUCGAAGAGAAAUAGUGGUCAAUUAAUAAGUAGUAUGAAUAAGUAGAGCUUGUGGCCGUGUUGUCUUGGGAGCACAACAUUGAGCUCGAGUCUGUCAUUGUCGUUUUAUUUCUUGCUUCGUUUGUCAUUGGGCGUCGUAGUUGCUCUUCUUGUUGAGUCUCGCGGUCUGAGUCUGAGACAGUGUCAUGGUGCGGAUGUGUUGCAGAUUAAUGAAGGAUCAUUCUGUGUUUUCGUCGA